AUGGCUGUUGUUCGUAGGCGUUGGCUUGGCGGCAAUUGGAAGUGCAACGGCUCGCGUGAGCUGGUGUCUACGUUGUCUGCGGUGAUGAACGAAGCUGAGUUCGACGUCAGCACCAUGGGUACGUGCAGUUUCAGCUCUAAACAUAGUGUGUCAGACGUUGUACUCUUCCCGAGCAGCCUGUACGUAGUGCCGUGCCUGGAGAAGUUCAAACUCGAGCGCUUCAAGGUUGGUGUGCAGAACAUUUCGCAGGCCAAACCGGGCGCUUUCACCGGCGAAUUGGCUGUCCCUAUGUUGUCUGACCUCGGGCUCGAGUGGACGCUGAUUGGUCACUCUGAGCGCCGCUCGAUGUUCGGCGAGACCGACGAGGAUGUCGCUGCGAAGGUCGCCAUAACGCAACAGGCGAAAUUGAACGCCGCCGUCUGCAUCGGUGAAAACCUCACUGAGCGCGAGGACGGCCUGGUUGGUGAGGUCAUCACGCGCCAGCUUAACGCUUUCAUGGCCGCCGUCACCGACUGGAGCCUCGUGGUGAUUGCUUACGAGCCUGUGUGGGCUAUCGGUACGGGCAAGGUGGCCACUACCGCGGAGGUUCUGGAGGCGCAUCAGUUGAUUCGUGACCUCCUUACCGAAAAGAUCGGCGCCGUCGCCGACACCGUGCGCAUCGUUUACGGCGGUUCGGUGAACGAGAACAACUGCGUCGACCUCAUGCAAACCCCCAACGUGGACGGUUUCCUUGUCGGAGGGAAGUCCAUAGCGCCCGCCUUCUGCGAGAUCAUAGCGGCCGUGAACAACACUCACUGA